UUCUCCUCCACUGCACAUCCUCAUCACCCAUAUCAUACGCAACUAUGCCUACCUUUUUUCUGUUCUGCACCACAGAUGUGCCAGCCAGCGUAUGAAAACUUUUUCCCUAGUCUCUUAUGGCACGUACAAUCCCACUAAUCGGGCUUUCCUCGCCCCUAGAUGAUCAGCAAUUUCAUGGCCCACUUCUACGAAGCUCUCGAUUGCCCAGACCUAUUCUGCCUUGUCCGCACCCCAGACCAAGCUGAGUACGAUGGAUGGGGCACGCCACUCCCUGUCAGCGACUUCUCCACCGGCUUCAAAGACGCUACAGACGCCGAACUCCGCCUGUUCACUCAGACAAAGAUCAAAGAGCUUGGGGAAAACAAAAACGCUGGCAGGCUUGAACCAGACUGGAUAGCCGUAUUGGACGAAAGAUCGCCACGCGAUGCAACGGUGGUCCUCCACUACAAUGAAGCGCUGUCCCUCUGGGCUCAGAGUCUGGAAGAUGCAGAGGUACCAUUCCAUAUCCCAGGUGAUGCGGAUGUGUCGGAGGGAAAGAUCUGGUGGAAAUGGCGCUUGCCUAUCUCGGGGGCUCAUCACCUGUUCAACAGUGUGGAUGGCGGAGACUUUGUGAUACUUGGGCUAUAUUCGCGUCCGGAGUACAAGGGAGCGGACGGCGUGGUCAAUGUGGAGAUUCCUUACAAGAUUAUCUGUGGGGAGAUCAAAGAUCCCAUUAAUCAGGAGAAGUAUUUAGACACUCUGCGAAGGAGAUAUGAUGGGGUUGUUUAGCUCCUUACCUAAUCCUACCUACCGUGGAGACGAAGCAUUCAUGGAGCCGCUGAAGCUAGUUUAACUGGGUUGAAUAUACACACCUUCAGGAUUGUUACUCCAUAGCCAAAGUUUCGCUUUUUGAGAUGGGAUUUGCUUCAGUUACCUCAUUGUAUCAAGGAUACCGUUCCAUGUAACCAAAAUGCUGGGCUUCUUUUAUGAGAAGGAUCCCGGGAACAUACCUUAUGGAUACGCGACCGCAAUUUACAAUGUCGAAG